CAAAUCUAUAUCAGAAACAUAAUUUCUGUCUUUAGGAGGAAUGGUCUAGUGGUUACCUGGCAAAAUGAGGAAGAUAGAUUCUAGCAAUAAGCUAAUAUUAAUUAAAGUUUGCUUAUGUUUUAUUGAUUUGUUUUAUUGGGUUUCUGGGGUUAUGCUCCUGUGCAUAGGAGUCUCUGUCCAGAUGAAACUCCAUGACACUUUCAUGGUGGUGAAUGAAGCCUCGUCUGGUGUCCCUGUGAUUAUCACCAUUGUUGGUGGUGUGAUCAUCUCCGUCUCGGCCUUUGGUGCAAUUGCCAUACUGAAAUCCAAUCAUACGAUGAUCAAAGUGUUCACAGGCAUGCUGCUGAUUAUCUUCUUGAUUGAAAUCAUAGUUGGCAUCUCUGCCUAUGCUUACAGAGGGAAGCUGCAUGACAACCUGUUGAGAAGCUUCCUGAAGACUCUUGACAAAUAUAACAGAGAAUCCCAAGUAACCAAAGGAGUAGACCACCUACAGGAGAAUUUCCAAUGCUGUGGUGCUCAGAAUUACACUGACUGGUUCAAUACAACAUUUGGAUCUCUCAAUUCAGCUGUUCCAAAUAGCUGCUGCAAGGUGAUAACGAAAAGUUGUGGACUGAAUCUAAGCAACGAUGCUGCUAACAUUAACCAACAGGGAUGCAUUCAAAAGCUGAAGAAGUGGGCUGAAGAACAUAUUGCUCUUAUUGGAGGGGUUUGCAUAAGUGUUGGAUUUGCACAGUUACUUGGGAUCUUAUUUAGCUACAUGCUACUGAGACUACUUAAUGAAGAUUAUGUGAACUUAUAAAAGUAGGAACCUUUGCAAGACUCAAGGAAGUUUCCUUUAUACCCAUCUCAUCCUUACUAUAUGAAGGCUACAGUCCCAAAUCCUACACUGGAGUUGCACAGGAGGAUCCCACUGUCUGCAUGGUGCUAUACUGACUUCAAUGGAGCUAAAAAUCUUCAUCCCCAUUUCCCACACUCUCUUGCAAUAUACCAGUACUUGCAUUCAAAGUUGCAAUCCAGGCUGGAUUCCUUUUCAGCUCUCUCUCGCUCCCGGAGUUGCUGGUUCAAUAUUCUUAAUCUCCUAAAUGCAAAUGAUAAAGCAUAAAUGGAGAAAGUCCAAAUACAGAGUAAAUUCAAAAGGCUGAAUAUCAAAACUGGUUUGUUUAUGAAAGUUUACUAAUUUAAUUAGAACAGAAUCCCCACAAAAAUGUUUUUAGUUUUGGAAGUUAAAAAAAAGUUUUAAUCAUCUUGUGAUGGGUUAGAUUAUAGAAACCCCCUUGGGAGCUACCACCUGAUGUGCCAAGACUACUAAGCAUUAUCAAUAGGCAUCUUAUUGAAUAUGUCCAGAACUCUGCCAGUCAAUUUUGCUAUCAAUGUGGUUAUCUUUUGAUUUUUAGGGAUGGCAUGGAGGGUGCACAGUUUUUUAAAGGUGAUGAAAUAUUUGGCAAUAUUGCUGGAUUUUCUAUUUUGUCAAAGACUGCAUUUCCACCUUUCUUUAGCUGAAUGAGCUCUUUUCAAAAAUCAUGGUAACUUCACUCCAUUUUAGCUCAGAGGAAAGGGGUGUCUACUUUUACAUUAAGCAUGUAUCCGGAAAAGAGAUUAUUUCUGCAUUUGAUAACAGGCUGUCUAGAGACAUGCAUGGUAACUACUUGGGAGCUGAAGUUUAAAAGUUAGGAGUACCCACUGGUACUUCUGGAAAAAAGCCCAGUCUUGGGAAAAGAUGGCAAUAUGUUUCAAAUGGAAAAAUACACACCGAAAAUAAUACUCCUUCCUAGUUCUCAACAUGCUUUUCUGCAUACUUUGAGAAAGUAUUAUCUACACCCUUGUUAUGCUGUUAAGGUUAGAGAUCACUUAAUAGGAUAAACUACUUUAUAAGGCAAGUCAUACACUAAUGUCAAGGAACAAACAAUUGUUCAACAAACAUGAUAUUUAAAAGUUAUAUCCCUCCUGGAUUCUCCAGAGAGAGACUAAAUUACAGUCACUGUGCUUUCACAUAGACAAAAAUA